UUCCUUCCAACAACAAUCUGCAGCAAUCAGUUUCGCAAAACGAAAAGCGAAGAAAGGAAAUUACUCAUUGCUGCUGCAGAAAAUUCAAGAAAAAAUCAAUAUUGGCUUACCGAAUUCUUUCAAAAACGGUGAUAGCAGUUGAACAAGUGUUAAUAUUAAUAGAACAAUAGUGCUAAACUCGGUGAAUUUCCAACGAGUGCAGUUAUCCGAUCGAAAAUAAGAACGCAGAAAAUGGGCGUACGAAUCUGAGGCAGAAUGACUCAGAUAAACAAGUUUUAUUGAUUUCUUCCGGGAAAUCAACGCGGGCUGCAUUUUCGGAUCGGAUUUUCAACAGUUUGCAGAAAUUAUUGCAUCGAAAUCAAUACCAAGGACGAUGGAGGUUUUCCAAACCGAGAGUUUCUACAUUUUCGUACGCAAGGAAAAAAGCCUGUGGUGGAAUCGAACGACAUCAGAAUUUCAAAUCAAAUGUGGCUGGGAUCUAUCCUCGGUGGACGACAUCGAAUGCAUUGGUAUUACCCAUGGGAUCAUUGGAACCAUUGCCCUGCAAGGCGUCCUCGAGCCACACUUAAUCAUCAUCAAAGAGGCUGUUCCUGUGGGAGUAUUGUAUGCCCCAAAUUUGGUGUAUAAAAUUAAAAGUAUUUGUAUUCUGGGAGCAGAAGAACCGGACACUAUUCUGCUUCCUUGUUCCAAGCACAAUACGUCGACUACCAUUAAAACAAUCAGCAGCAGUAUUUCAAGUGGACAAUCGACGCAAGCGGGAUCCGGGCAAAAUGCGUCCACGGCAUCGCCGCGAAAUCGGUUAUUCGAAAGCUCCGCCCUUGUUAAUAAAACCUGGGGAGCGGUUAAGAGUGCCGGGAGUACCAUAAAGAAUACAACGGAAAAGGCUGCUGCUAUAGCAUCAAGUCAGGUGAAAUCUACUGUCGGAAUGGUCGUCAAGGAUCCGGUUCGCAUAGAAAAACGCGUUAUGGAUGAGUUGCAUCGAAUUUUUGAUGAAAGCGAUAGUUUCUACUACAGUUUAGACUGUGAUAUUACCAAUAAUUUGCAACGAAGAGGCGAAUCUCAUGAUGAUCGGUUCUACUGGAACUUGAACAUGUUGAAGGAUAUUAUCAAACUGAAUGAUGAUAACUGGGUGCUGCCAAUCAUACAAGGAUUCGUUCAGGUCGAACAGUGUGUAAUUGGGAACGAGUGCUUCACCCUAGCAUUGGUCUCCCGGAGAUCGCGCUACCGAGCUGGUACUCGGUAUAAGCGACGAGGCGUAGACGAGGACGGAUAUUGCGCAAAUUAUGUUGAAACUGAGCAAGUGCUCUCCCUUCGGCAACACCAAAUAUCGUUUACUCAAGUAAGAGGCUCCGUACCGAUUUAUUGGAGCCAACCAGGUUACAAGUACAGGCCUCCACCCAGACUAGAUCGAGACGAAACCGAAACUCAUUUGGCAUUUGAAAAACAUUUCGAGAAAGAGUUGAACAUCUAUCAGUCAGUCUGCAUCAUCAACUUGGUGGAGCAAAGCGGAAAAGAGAAAGUAAUUGGAGAUGCAUAUGCCAACCAUGUUGUGCGGCUCAACUCGGAUAAGCUCACUUACGUUACAUUCGAUUUUCACGAGUAUUGUCGAGGAAUGCGCUUUGAGAAUGUUUCUUCGUUGAUUGAGGCGCUGGCUCCCGAGGCCGGUUCGAUGGGAUUCCAUUGGAGGGACAGCAAUGGCUCGAUUUGCAACCAGAAGAGCGUCUUUCGGGUGAACUGUAUGGAUUGUCUGGAUCGCACCAACGUGGUACAAACGGCCCUUGGGAAGGCCGUGCUAGAAUCUCAGUUGGUUAAGCUCGGUUUGGCGCCCCCAUAUUCUCAGCUUCCCGAACAGCUAAAAGUACCAUUUAUGAUUCUUUGGGCCAAUAACGGGGACGUUAUCAGUAGACAGUAUGCUGGAACCAACGCGCUGAAGGGUGACUACACUCGCACUGGCGAACGUAAAAUUAGUGGCAUAAUGAAAGAUGGAAUGAACUCGGCAAAUCGCUACUUCAUACAACAUUUCGCGGAUUCUUUCCGGCAAAGCUGCAUCGAUUUGAUGCUCGGCCAUCUUGAGGCCUUCGAACCGCUGGUAGAAGACGACGUCUGCGAAGCAUUGCUCGGCGUUGCCACGACCGCCAUUGUACCGUCACGUGGCGCCCCUCUGGAGUACUACAAUCAUGGGGUGAUGAGCGCGGAACACAUAUUGCUCGAAGAAGUUCUCUUCGGUGCCAGCUACUAUUUGGCUCGAUUCAAAGAUACGUACCGACAGGCCACUAUAGACAUGAUGCUCGGAAAUAACGUGUCAGCCGAGUCGGUUAACGCGCUCGGCGGUCAAGCCGGUGUGGUCGACGAGACAGACGCCUUGGAGGGUGCUGAACAUGCCCGGUUGCUCGUGGAAGACUGUCGGCGGCUGCUGCUGGGCACAACACAACUGCCAGUGGGUGCUUGGGGCCUCAUAGAUGCUGACCCGAGUACUGGUGAUCCCAACGAGACGGAGGUGGACGCUAUUCUCAUUCUAACGGAUGAUUGUUACAUAGUCGCAGAGUACGAUUCCCAUUUGGAUAAGAUAGUCCGCUUCGAGAACGUAUCGCUGGAUAGCCUUACCCUGAUUGAGCUCGGCCUCUUCCAGCACAACAAAAUGUUCCAGGGCCCGGCACCUGCUCACCUGUGUAUUCGCUUGAAUUACGCUGUUGACGGCGUAGACGGGUAUUUCCACAUGUUCCGUUCUCCAAAUAUCCGAUUCUUCAAUAACGUAGCCGUAGUAAUUAAGAAAACGGAAGAAAUCACGGAAUCUCUCACGGCGAUCGUUGAUCUCUUCCGGAUUGCACUAGAAAAUCGGGGACGUGGUAAUGUUCCUUUUCAAUGCGGGGGAAGUUUGCAACGGAGAAAAAGCAGGACACUCCUCUCGGUUCCGCCGGGCAUUCCUAGGAACCUUUCAGAAUCACAGCUGGUUCAAAUGGGCUCGAAAGCCUUGAGCAACGUUGCGGGUCAAUUUUCAAAAAUUGGCCAAAGUUUGAACCCAACUAAAAUAGGCCGCUCGUCUGCCGGUAAAAAGGCAAAGGCGGCAAAUCCUGUACCUUACAUACAUGCAGGCCAAAUAGCUGAUGAGGCUGAGCGUAGCAGAUUCACGGUGGGAUCGCGAAGUUCUAGUUUGAAAAAAUCCGAAGGUUCGAGCUCGGAGUCCGACGAAGCCGAUACGAGUAUCUAUGAACCAGACGAAGGAGAACUGGUGCAGGAGAAUCCGCUGUACAACGAAAACGUGUUUCUGCCUUCGGUGGGAAUUGUUAUGGGUGGUCCAGGGUCGGCUGGUGGCGAUGGCAAUCCUGCCAGCAUGUUGGUCGACAAGGAUAACUUUGCAAAAAUGUCGUCCGAUGUGUCAACUAUGUCGAUAUCGUCCGUAACUGACCACAUAAAUAUGCCGGCCGGAAUGCUCGAGUGUGCUUCGCCGAUCCGUGGCCGUAGUCCUACGCCGGAGAUUCGAGUCGAUGGAGGUACGACCGAGUCAGGAGAAAAAGCGAACAUCGAGGGAAGAUCUGGAAAGGAUCUAACUCUAAAUUUAACGGGAAACCAAAGUGAGAAUGCAUUCAAACAGUUGAAGAAGUUGACGAGUCCGCUAUCGAAUAUUGGAAAAGGACUGCAAAGUUUGAGUGCAAACUUUGAUCCAAGGAAGAUUUCCGUCAAGACACCAGUGCUACCAGCUAGGAAUCCCGAAACACCAACAGCCGAAAUACGAAAACUGGAGGAAAAGUGGGACAAAGCCCAGUGCCGCAGCAAGUUGAUCGCGCUGUAGACGAUGCAGGAUCUAGCCAUUUCAGUGCUUACCAUUAUUUAGUUAGUUACCCGUUGUGCGUAAACCGUUUCUUAGCAUCGAAUGUGCUUUUGUGGAGCUUACUCGUUAUAUUGGAGGUUGGAAGACUAUUUUAGCCAUUAAAGCCCUAGAAAAUUGUGAUUACUUUAGUAAUUUUUGCAUAUUAUUCACGCUAUACUUUGGACAAAAGUCCCCUUUCCGUAUGAUAUUUCAAUCAAAUGUGAAUCCGAUUAUAUUCUUCAGUAUCUAGAAUUUUAACAGUAUUUUGAGGGUGUUUCGAUCUUCAUCCGAUAUAGGCUUUCGUUGUAACCUACGAAUAUUUAGACCAAAGAUCUAUACUACUUGUACUGUUAGCCUAUAUGUGUAUCCUAAACUACGAACAAAAUUGGACCAUUCCUAUUAGUAUAUUACAAAUAGCAGCUUGCUUCUGUUCACUAACUGACAUCUUUUAACACGCAUAUUCUGAUAUUGAAAUCACACAUUACUCAUAGCGUGUGUCUCUAAGGCAAACUAUAUUAAUGAGGCUUAUUGCUUUAUAUUUUUCAAAUUGGCUAUAGAGAGAUUCUUCAAACUUGUCGUAAGAUAGAAUGUUGUACGGAUUCUAUGCCGAUGACGAAAAAGAGAAGUCAAAAUUGUAGUAAAAAUAAAUUAUAGUUUAAUUGAAGUUAUAAUAUUUACUAUACUUUUGAUGUGUUUGUAAUAGCACGAAUAAAGAACAAGGGUCGCGUCGCAUGCUGUUUCCUCAUGAUUUUUGUGCAAAACGAGCGACACAAUGAAAGGCCAAAUUUGUUGUUCUUGACCUUUAGUUAAUUUUUAAUUUUGCGGUUGAAAAUAUACCUCGAAUUUACGUUAGUUUUAAAACCUUUCGCUUAGUUCUUGCCAUUGUUAUCGACGGUUAUUGUGAAUUACUAACUACGUUCAAUUGACCUCAGUUGGUCAUAGCUUUGUUGGGAAAAAGUAUUUACCAAAGUCAAUUAAAGAACGCAUUAUUAUACAAAACUACACAAAAAUAACAAUAAUUAAAUAAUUAGAGCUCCUGAAUGUGAUUAUAUAUCCAUUUGAAAUCCAUCGUACAGUAAGUAUUGUGAAUUAUCUGCUUUUACAUAGAAAACUUGGCACAAAUGACAUUAGUAGAAUUUCUAGGGACAUACAUUUAGCCAUCCUUCGUAUUCAAGUACCAGGCCUACGACUAGAAAACGAGCGAGAUAAUUGUUCCUUUGGACAUAGUGCAUAGGCUGUUUGUGGUUAUUGCCGUGUAGGUUGUUGAUAUUUUUGUGUAAACCUACUCAAGUUGGAAACAGAACAGAAAGUGUUGGUCUGAAUAUCUUUUUUUAUAGCACAUAAUACCCGAAUAAUAAACAGCUAGCAAAUUAUAUCGUUCGCUCUGUAGGGGACUUGUACCAUUAUAUAACCAACAUGCCACACCACCCAAAAGCAAUAUCCAAAUAGUAGCUGCGAAA